CAGUUGUAGAAGGUGUUUUAUUGAUUUUGUGAUCAUCUUCAGGGCCUUGGUCCAGCCAGGGUCGAUUCUCGUGUAGUAUCGGUCCUCUGGGUGUCCGACGAGUCGUCGUUCUCUCUCUUCAGACCGAAUCCCCCACCCCCAAGAAUUACGUUUCGCAACACUUUCCAAACCUUGACGCCUUUAAGUUCACCUCCCAACUCUAACGGCGUCGCGGCUCCUCUCCUGUCGUGAAUAAAGUUCAAGGGCAAAGUUUAUCUAGGUAUUGAUGUUCUCGCGUUUUUGUAGAAGAUUGAUAUAGAAGUUCUUCCUCUCAUCAGCAAGUUAUCAUGCGAGCUGCUACGCUUUUUACCCUCUUGCUAUCACUCCCUUUGGCUGCAGCGGAUGUCGUGCAGUCGAUCGUGGACCAUAAUGCAGAGGCUUUCAGCCCCGAAACCAAUGCGGCUGGCGGAACGGCGAAAGGUAAUAUAUUGCUUUUUUAACAACGGACUCAUGCAAAAGCUAAAAGGAGAAUGAUGCAGAGCCAUAAAAACGGCUUGAGCGAAGGAGAUGGAGAAUUUUGUCUGAACAAAUUAUUGAUUCGUACCAAAACCAUCAAACUACCAGCAAUCCAAUUCUAACACAGAUUCCCGCUCUACAACGCCUACGUCGAAGCCGCAGCGUAUGGCUCCGAAGACCGCCAGUGUGAGCAAAGGUAUUCGUAUGCUAUUAAUUUUAAUGAUCCCGACCUACACAGGAGGUACGGAAGAAGAUAAGGAAAUAACGAAGGCAGAAACUUUCUUCAGCUGCUGCCGCAUCAGAAUACUAUUGUUCGCUAUUCGCCACAAGUAUCUCGGCUACACAACCACAGGCCAAACCACACCUCUCGCAGCUUCGAACCUGCAACCCGCGUCGUUUUCACAAAUUUCCCCCGUUCCCCAACUGCAGACCCUGUUCAGCAGCAAGGGCCGCUUGCAGCAAUUGAAAGAGGCCAGGAACAUCGCGGCCGCGGCGCAAAAUCACUACUACACCAUGGUCGAAGACCUCGCAUCUGAGCACAGAGUCACGACGAGCGACGUGCUGAUCACCAUCAAAUUCGACUCGCUGGACACGGACCACAGCGGUGUGCUGGAGGGGGAGGAGAAUACCGUGUGUCCAGCGGAGGCGGACUUGAACAACGACGGGAAGCUCGACUUCGCGGAACACGGCCAGUACUGCGGCAAGCGGAUGCUGAAGGGUGAUCAUGAUGCAGUGGCGUCGUUUACCCAGAGGGAGCAAAUCAACCAGAAGUUAGAGCACAAAUAUCAGCCCUGGAAAGCGCGGAUGCAGGACUUGGCAACUUACGAUGCCGGUCUUGCUGCUGAUCGUCCGGAGGUGGAGGUUAAAGAAGACGACACAGAUCCGGUAGCCCGGUUGAACAAAGCCGCCGACGACGGCUCUUUUUUUCCGUUCUUUAGCUGUUGUGGUUGGAGGUGAUUGGCAGCUUCGAAUCCGCAAUACGGCGAACAAAAAAAGAACACGAAGAAUGUACUAGAACAAGAAUCCUAAUAAAGUCGAAAAAUAAAAAAUGAAUCUUUGCCAAAGAAAUGGAUUCGAGUACGUUUUUGGAACAU